AUGAUUAAUUAUAUCCUGGAAAGUCUCUUUGAUAACUUUAACACCCCGGGUAGUAUUAUUUUACUGGUGUCAGUAUUCAUUCUAUCCUAUGGACUGAUUGGUUUACGCAAACCACCUGGGUUUCCACCCGGACCAAUGGGAUAUCCGUUUGUUGGCAAUAUGUUAGAUUUGGAGGAAGAACCACAUCUAACCCUGGCUGAGUAUGGUAAGAAAUAUGGAGAUGUUUUUACAAUCAAGAUUGGCAGUCGGGCAGUGAUUAUACUCAACUCCCUAGAGGCUAUUAAAGAAGCAUUAGUGAAGAAACAGAAUGAUUUUGCUGGAAGACCAUACUUUUAUUCGCUUUCAGGUCUGAUGGCAGAGGAAUGCCAAAAUAUUGUCUUCGGUAACUUCACAGCAAAGUGGCAGUUACAACGUAACAUCGGACAUCAGGCCAUUAGAAAUUACGCGAGUGGCAAGAAGCUGGAAGCUUUGCUGAGAUGUAAUGCCUUUCCAAGUUUUCAGAGAGCUGUGGCUAAAAUGAAAAAGAGACCAUUCUACCCGAGACCAUUACUGCAUCUAUUAGUAGGAAAUAUAAUUGUUUCCAUGUGCUUUGGAAAAAAGUACGAACUUGACGACCCAGAAUUCAUUAACUGUUUGAGGGUAUUGAGUACAGCAAAUGCAUCUUUUGGAAGUGGUCUAGUUGCUGAUUUUAUUCCCGUAUUUCGACAUAUACCAACAUUCGGACUGACGAGAAUAAAGAAGUCUAUGCAAAACUGGUUAGAUUUAAUACAGCACAAGAUAGAUGAACAUAAGAAGACAUUUGAUGAAGGUAAUGAAGACGCGAAGAGCCUUGUUGGCGAAAUCUUAUCUAUUCAACGUAAAGCUAGGUUGUCCAGGGACCAAGAAACAGAAAAACAGCUUACCGAUGUCAAUUUACGUCAAACGGUAGCUGAUAUGUUUGGAGCUGGUCUCGACACCGUGGUCAACACAUUGGAAUGGGCCAUUGCGUACCUCGCUUGUUACCCGGAUGUACAAGCAAAAGUGCGUCGAGAAAUUGAUGACGUUAUUCGUGAUCGACGUCUUCCAUUGUUAUCGGAUAAGGGUAAAUUACCAUACUGUGAAGCUGUGAUUAACGAGGUUAUGCGCAUAAGAACAGUUUCACCGUUUGCAAUACCCCAUGCUACUACCGUGGAUACGUCUGUUGGUGGGUACACAAUACCGAAAGAUACGUGGGUCUGGUGUAAUUUAUGGAAUCUACAUAUGAGUGAAAAAUAUUGGGUGGAACCGGAAGAGUUUCGUCCAGAACGAUUCCUGAAUACUGAUGGUAACGCCAUAUCUAAACCAGAUAGUUUCAUGCCAUUUUCAGCUGGACGCCGAGCAUGUAUGGGCGAGACACUGGCUAAGAAUGAGCUAUUCCUUAUUUUUACAAGCUUGUUUCAACAGUACACAUUCAAGACACCAACUGGCGGCAAAACACCUUGCUUGGAAGCACACUGCAUGACUCAGUUCACCCGUUGUUGUCAGUAUGAAGUCAAGGCCGUUGCAAGAAGAAAUUAA